AUGAAUAAUUCAUCAAAUUUAUAUUCAACUCAAAGCCAGAAUGAUAUACAAUUAGCUGAUCGCCUUCUUUCUAUAUAUUCUCUAAUACUUAUUUUAAUUGGUACACCUUGUAAUUUACUUUGUUGUUUAAUUUAUUUUCAAAAAGAAAAUCGUUCCAAUUCAAUAAAACAAAUAUUUGGAUAUUUAUCUAUACUUGAUACCAUUGUUUUAUAUACAUUUAAUUUAAAUUAUGUCGUUCGAGAAUUCAAUAUCGAUUAUGAAUUUGUUUAUGACAAUAGAAAUGGUAGUAGCAAUGAAUAUUCAGAUUUUCUUAUUAAUGGUCAUAUAAAUAUUAUAAUUGUUAAAAAAAAUCUUGAAGAAUAUUCUCUGUCCAUAUGUCGUUUUCUAUCUUAUCUAGCUUUUUCCACAUUACAAACAUCAUCUUGGGUACUAGCAUUCGGUUCAUUGAAUCGCUAUUUAUUAAUAUCAAAAUUAACAUUUCUUCAAUUUAUUUGUAAACGAUCUUAUACAACUUUUAUAUGUUCAUGUAUAACAAGUUUAUUUUUUCUUACAAAUAUUCAUAUACUUUGGAUGAAUGGUUAUCGUUCAUCAAAAGGAAGUAUUAUAUGUUAUCAAAAUAAAUAUUAUACUAAUUAUAUGUUAUGGUAUCAACGCAUACAUUUAUGUUUAUAUUCUGCGUUACCAAGUAUUAUUUUAUUUAUUUUCAACACUUUAUUAAUGCGUCUUGUAUUUGCUAGUAAAAAAAGAUUAACUAAACAUAAACGACGAUCACCAUCUAGCGCAAGAUCAACUAUAAGACCAGGUCGUCGCAGAUGUUUUUCGUUAACACCUUUGUCAAAAUCAUCAUCUGAAUCGAAGAAAGAUAAUACAACAAGAGUAAUUAAAGGUCAAAGUAGAAAAUUAACUUUAUCAUUAAUAUUUAUAACCGUAUCUUAUUUUAUAUUAACAUUUCCAUCAACAGUUAUAUUUUCUUUUUUUCGUUCAUAUAUUGAACCAUUAAGUUUAAGACGUACAUUAUCACUUUUAUUUACAAAUUUAUCAACAACAACACAUGUUAUUCGAUUUUUUAUUUAUUAUUUUUGCUCAGUUGAUUUUCGAAAUGAUUUUUAUAAUUUAUUUACGUUUAAACGUUCAUUUCGUUUUCAACUUAUUAACACAUCACAAUAA